GAGCAACCAAGCUAAUAAAUUGGUCAGAUGUUAACGUAAGCGCGCAGUCAUCUUGGUUGAAAGGGUAGUAACAGAACGUGGCCGCGAAAUGGAUUUCAGCCGAAAACGAAAACGCAGUCGCUGGAAUGAUGAAACUCCGGACCAAAAGACCAUCAUUCCUGGGAUGCCAACAGUCAUCCCUCCAGGGCUCAGCCGUGAGCAGGAGAGAGCCUAUAUAGUUCAACUACAAAUUGAGGAUCUGACUCGCAAGCUUCGCACGGGAGACCUGGGAAUACCCCCUAACCCAGAAGACAGGUCCCCAUCUCCUGAACCCAUCUAUAACAGCGAAGGGAAGCGUCUUAACACCAGAGAGUUCAGGACACGUAAAAAGCUGGAGGAGGAGCGCCAUAACCUUAUCACAGAGAUGGUUGGCUUGAACCCAGACUUCAAACCUCCAGCUGAUUAUAAACCACCUGCUACUCGUGUGAGUGACAAAGUUAUGAUCCCACAGGAUGAAUACCCUGAGAUUAAUUUUGUCGGUUUACUUAUUGGUCCCAGGGGUAAUACACUGAAAAAUAUUGAAAAAGAGUGUAAUGCCAAGAUAAUGAUCCGUGGCAAAGGUUCAGUGAAAGAAGGCAAAGUGGGACGCAAAGACGGGCAGAUGCUUCCAGGGGAAGAUGAGCCACUCCAUGCAUUGGUAACCGCCAAUACAAUGGAGAAUGUCAAGAAAGCCGUAGAUCAGAUUCGUAAUAUUCUCAAACAGGGAAUUGAAACACCAGAAGAUCAGAAUGAUCUCCGCAAAAUGCAGCUGCGAGAGCUGGCACGUCUUAAUGGUACUUUGCGCGAGGAUGACAACAGGAUUCUGCGACCCUGGCAAAAUACAGAAACUAGAAGCAUUACCAAUACCACCCUAUGUACCAAAUGUGGAGGGGCUGGACAUAUUGCUUCCGACUGCAAAUUUACAAGUGUGACAGUGCGACCUGGAGAGCCCCAGUCAGCACAAGAUAAGGCAAGGAUGGAUAAAGAAUACCUUUCCCUUAUGGCAGAACUUGGAGAAGCACCGGUCCCUUCUUCUAUGGGGUCAGCAACUGCUCCGACACAUACUACUAUUCAAGGAAGUCCAAGGCCAGCUGCCAUAACUGCAAGCCAGCCACCUGUGAACCGGCCGCCUUGGAUGGCAAACGAUCGACCAUUCCCAUCCAUGCAUGGUGCUCCUCAUUCCUUCCCUCAUCCAAUGGGUAAUGCAGGAAACGGUCCUCCUCUACAGCCUAAUCCUGCAGGACAUCACCAUCACUGGAUGCAGCCUCAUCCAGGAGCACAUCCACCUGGUCCUCAUCCAAUGGGUCUCAUGCACUCUCACCCUAUGGGUUUGAUGCCUCCUCCGCCCCCACCACCACCUAGUGGUCCUGCACCGCCACCACCUCCACCAUCCGCACCAUCUUUGCAUCCUUGGCAGCAGCAACAAUCUACAGGUGCACCACCCCAACCAGGGGCUCCCCUACCUUGGCAGCAAAGCUCUCAAACCACCACCUCUGGUUCCUCUCUUCCUCCUUGGCAGCAGCAACAAAGUGCUGCCACCGCCUCAUCUAACAAUGCCAUCCAAUCGAGUGCCUCCCUUGUUCCUCCUCCUCCUGGUGUCCAGCCACCUUUACCUCCAAGUGCUCCACCUCCACCACCACCACCUCCUCCUGGAUCCUCUGGGCUUCUCUAUGCUCCACCACCACCUCCGCCUCCUCCCAUGGAUCCCUCCAACUUUGUCACUAUGAUGGGUAUGGGUGUUCCUGGAAUACCCCCGUUUUCUAUGCCGCCUGCCCCUCCACCACCCCCUCCUCAAAAUUGAAUCUUCUGCUGUUAAUAAAGUGACAGGGGCGCUUUGCCUUAAAUAGCAGAACUAUGCACAGUGGACAAAUCUCCCAAGAAAGCAAAUGAGGAUUAGCAUUCUGGUCUAAACUUCAUGUCUCAAGAUUUUGUCCUUCAGAGUGAAAUCCAACAGUUUUAUAGAAUUCAGUACCUUCAGUAUGUCAGUAAUGCUUCUCGUAGGUUAAAGCAAUUUCAUAGGUUUUCUAUGUAUGGUGAUUUUCAACAUUAGGGUCGUUGCUAUAGUCAUAUUAUGGCAACUAUAAGCUCUUUAAAACCUAUCCAGAUCACAUUCUGAAUUCAGCGCUAGUGAAUAGGAUGUUUAAUGUGAAGUAUGCAAACCUAACGGCACAAAUAUUGUUAGUUUAGCUAGAAAUACUGACUCAUUUUUUUUUUUUACUGUUUCCUGCCUGUCAAAAUGAAUUCCACCAUCCUUCAAAAUAUACCCACUGCCCAAAGUGCUUUUUA